AUGGCCUUUGCGGCGGCGCUUCACUCGGCGUACGAAGCGCGUGCGUCGCACUUGGACUCGGACGAAGUCGCGGGCAUUCGCUCGCUCUUUACCUACUAUGACACCAACAUGGACGGCAACGUCUCGUCGGUGCAAGCCCUGCGCAUGUUCCAGCUCCUCGGGCUCACGGUCAACGAAGAGCAUGUGAACGAGCUCGAGCUGCUCUCAUUCGCAGAGUUUCUUGCGAUUGUCGACUGCCAGUACAAGGCAGCGCGCAGCCUCGACGAGGGCAGCCACGAGUGGCACCUCGUGGACCAUUUCCGGCGCGAUUACGUCACGCCGCACCAGCUCACCUACUUUUUGAUGAGCUGCGAGGCGACCGUGUCGGCGCCACACCUCGAGCGCUUCCAGGAUCUGUACGCCAAUGCGGACGAGUCGAGUGCGCGCUUUCGCUGCUUGGAGAAGGACGGGUGUCUCAAACUCCUCAGAGACUUUCAUGCGCCCGAGACCGACCACGACGACGCAUUGCUUGCACGUGAAAAAUGA